CAUUUCUUCACAGCCUUGAGCGACGGAACUGAGCCGAGCGUUUGUGGGCUGCUGGGCAGGCGGUUGCGAUUCCAAAUGAAAAUGUUUGAGAGCGUUGACUCUACAGCUACAAAAUCUGGCCCUGAUCUUUGGGCUGAAAUCUGUUCCUGUCUGCCAAAUCCUGAUCAAGAAGAUGGUGCCAACAAUGCCUUUUCAGACUCCUUUAUGGAUUCUUACCCUGCAGGCACAGGCCAGAGGGAGGCCCCAGAUUUUGCUGAUCAGCCAGCUACAAAGCCUUGGGCUCCCUUGCAGGAUUCAGAAGUGUAUUUAGCAUCUCUAGAGAAGAAACUGAGAAGAAUCAAAGGUUUAAAUCAGGAAGUAACUUCUAAGGACAUGCUUCGAACCUUGGCCCAAGCCAAGAAGGAAUGCUGGGACCGAUUCCUCCAGGAGAAGUUAGCAUCAGAGUUCUUUGUGGAUGGAUUUGAUUCUGAUGAGAGCACCUUGGAACAUUUCAAGAGGUGGCUCCAGCCAGAUAAAGUAGCCAUCAGUACAGAGGAGGUCCAGUAUCUGAUUCCUCCAGAGUCCCAGGUUGAGAAGCCAGUGGCCGGGGACCAGCCAGCAGCCGCGGAACAGUAAAUUGCACACACGCACGCCAAGCAGCUGUCUUGGGUCCAGAGGGAACAGCGGAGCAGCAAGGAGAAAUCUAAGGAGGGAGGGUAGCCCACGCUCCCACUCAACAAAGCAAACAGCUGUGGGCCCCUGAGGACUGGCUUGGGGCUGGCAUGUGUGACUGUCCUGGAUAAAGUGACUGACCCAGCACAUGCUGGAUCAAAAUACCGCUUUCCUCUGUGUCUCACACCUUGCCUGAGCCCUGUUGCUACAGGUGAGAAGUCUGCUAAGAAUCUAGUGAAGGAGCAAGUAUGAAAGUAUUUGGAGAAACUGAUAUCCUUGUGUAGAAUAUAUAAGCUCAGUGAGCCAUAUUUUUGCUUGCCUCUUCUGGAUGUUCCUGCCUGUAUCCCAAGUAUUUCUUUGGUUAAUUGUCAGUGGUAAGUGAGGCCAAGGAGAAUCAAAUCUGCCUCCUUGGAUCCACACCCCAUGUGGGGCUCCUCUAAGUUUGUAAUAAAUAUAGAGACUUUAGGAAAAGA